AUGGGUGUGAGAUGGCAGUAUGACCUGCAGACGAUCGAAGGGACACCAUUGUGUUGUCUGCAUUCUGUCAUUUGGGGAUAUGAGCGAAAUGAGAAUGAAGUGCAGACAAAUGAUGAGGGUAUGGAUUGCUGUGAGGGUGCAGCUAUCAAUGGGGAUUUGGCUUUUCUGAGCCUGAGCGUAGACUUGGGCAUCGUGGCACUUGAAGUCAAAGUUGAUGUGAAUAGUACUGAGGUUGUGAGCAUGAACGAAGAAUGUUGCAGACUAAGGAAGGAGAAGGAUGUUGCCAACCAGAAGGGGCUAGUGAAGACUUGCAGAAGCUAUGAGGUCUACAAUGACUGUGAAAUCCCCCUCUUGGGCAAUAUCUUCUGCUUUGCCAUUCACAAGUUGAGGGUUACCAACAACAAGAGUUCUGGAGGUGAUGCGGAUGUGGAUGGGAGGAAGGGCAGAAGAGAGCCGAAGGAGGAGAGGCAGCAGAGAGAGAUUGGGAGGGCUGGUGGAGGUUAUAGGAGUCGUCUAGGACUAGGGUGGAGGGAGGUGGAAGAUCUGGGAUAUGACAGUGAUGGAUCAAGUGUCAAUAUAGGGGUGGAUCACAAGUGUCAUAUCCCAGAUCUUCCACCUCCCUCUGCCCUAGUCCUAGACGACUCCUAUAACCUCCACCAGCCCUCCCAAUCUCUCUCUGCUGCCUCUGGACUACCUCCUCCUUUGACUCUCUUCUGCCCUUCCUCCCAUCCACGUCUGCAUCACCUCCAGAACUCCUACAUUGUUCUGAACUUCAGGACAUACCUCAACUCUCACUCCCCUUUCUGGACCUUCUACCUCCUACCUCCAGACCUCCCCUACUACACCUCCACCUCCUCGGACUGUCAGGGACAGCUCUGA